AUGUCUGGGAAUAUUCAAGUUAGACUCUUUUCAGAUGGUCGUGAAUGGGCUUGGAUAGCUUUGACCUCAACUGCAGAAAUAGUUAAUGUUGGAACUUUUACUUAUUAUCAGGCAGAUGGGUUUAUUCAUAUUAAUACGUUAGAAAGUGGUGGAGUAGUUAAAGGAUUAAGUCGGGCGGUUGUUUUGGAAGUUUUAAGUCGAGUUUUGGCUUGGUUGGACUUUCCAAAGAUAUAUCUUUAUGCUCGACCUAGAAAGUGUUUUUAUCUUAGCUUAGAUAAAGAACCUAUUCAUCCAGAUAGAUUGCGACAGUACUGGCAAGAUAUACUAGUUGAUUUAAAGUAUUCAGCUGAUUUAGUUGGAUACCGUGAAAUAAGAAGUUCAAAAGCCACUAAAAUCCUUCAAGCUAAUUCUUAUCUCUUAAAGUACUCAACUCAACUGGAAGAUGAACCUAUUUCACGCAUUCUCAGCCAGAAUCCCCAACUAUCCCUAUCUGAUCUUCUAGUUGUACUUGUUAAUAGCAAAGACUUAUCAGAAGGUUCUUUAAUCUUUUCCCGACCUACUUUUACUCCAACUAAUCCAACUAAUCCACCCCAUUCCAACUCUUCUCCUCCAUUAACUACUAAUGAUAUUCACCAAGUCUCUACUGCACAACUACGAGUCUUACUUAGCCAGGUAGAAAGUAAUCCGGCUGUUUUUCAUACUUACUCGACUUGGCCCCUACUGAUAGAUCAGACCCAACUAAGUAGAUCAAAAGAACAACCAACGAUUAAAGUGAUUAGAUUAAAAAGGAAGUAG